AGACAGAGGUCUCAAGCGCUGCUGAGGAUAGGAACUGACAUCAGAGGACUAUGCCUAGAGGACAUCACAUUAAUAAUAACAGUUACAAGGUUAUGGAAAGAAAUGGGCAGUUGUAGUUAUUGACAGUUUCUGAAGUAUGCCAAAUUGCGAUAGUGUGAAAGUGGCCAUACGGGUGAGGCCUUUCAGCAAGAGAGAGAAGGAAGCAGGAAGUAGAUGUAUUAUUUCCAUGAGAGACAACUGCACAACUAUUUAUGAUCCAAGGAAUCCAGCUAAUGAAAAAACAUUCAAAUUUGAUCUUGCUUACUGGUCCCAUAAUGGGUUUUUGAAGAAUAAAGAUGGCACACUAGUUCCAACUGGUACAGAAAGCAGAUAUGCUGACCAGAACACGGUAUUCUCUGAUCUUGGCCAGGGGGUGUUGGAUAAUGCUUGGCAAGGCUACAAUGCUACCUUACUUGCUUAUGGCCAGACAGGGUCAGGAAAGAGUUAUUCUAUGAUUGGAUAUGGAGCUAAUCGUGGCAUAAUUCCAGUGGUCUGCGAAGAGCUGUUCAAAGUUGUUGAAAACAAAAAAGAAUCCUUGGUUUUGCAGGUAACAUUCAGUAUGCUGGAAAUUUAUAAUGAACAGGUGACAGAUUUGCUAUCUAAAACCAAGAAGUCUGGGGGUCUGAAGGUGCGGGAAGACCAGCAUCAAGGAUUUUAUGUUGAUGGCCUGAAACGUGUGCCCUGUGAAAGCUAUGCACAAAUUGAAAAGCUGAUGGAACAAGGUAAAAAAACAAGAACAACCGCCUCAACAAGCAUGAAUUCGAGCAGCAGUCGCUCCCACAUGGUGAUCACCAUUCAUUUUAAGCAGAUUUUUUUAGAGGAUGAUAUUACUAAACAAUCAGUUAUUAACUUGGUGGAUCUUGCCGGGAGUGAAAGACAAAAAUCAUCUGGUUCUGAAGGAGAUCGCCUAAGAGAAGGAGCUUGUGUGAAUCUCAGCUUAACAACCCUUGGGAAUGUAAUCAGUGCACUUGCUGAGGCUGCAAUGGGCAAAAAAGUCCUACAUAUUCCAUACAGAGAUUCUGUCCUGACAAAACUUCUGCAGUCUGCCCUGGGAGGAAAUAGCAGGACUGUUAUGGUUGCUGCAGUGAGUCCAGCUGAUAUAUGCUAUGAGGAAACUUUGUCUACACUAAGAUAUGCUGAAAGGGCAAAGAAAAUUAAGAACAAAGCAAUUAUUAAUGCAAGUCCCACCGAGCGCCUUCUUAAAGAGCUUAAAGCAGAAAACAACAAAUUGUUAUCCCGACUUGCUGGACUUGGGAAUUCAGGAAAGAAGGUGGAGCAAGAAACAAAAGAACUUAGACGAUUGUUUGCAGAAAAUGAACUGCGGAUCCAGGCAAUGCAAUCAGCUUGGGAACUUCAGCUACAAGAGGCCAGAAAAGAAUGGGAGCAGCAGUUUGCUACAAUUACACAGGAGAGGUGCAUGAUGCAGUCAUUUCCUUAUCUCUUGAACAUUAAUGAAGAUCCACAACUAUCGGGAGUUCUUAAGCAAUUUAUCCAAGAAGGAACAUCUGAUGUUGGCCAGGCAGCUUCUAAUGAAAUAACAUUGACAGGUUUAGGAAUUUUACCAAAACAUGCUACUUUUACAAACAUUGAAAACAAGGUGCUGGUAAAGCCAUAUGGCAAGGCUAAAGUGAUUGUGAAUGGAGUACCCAUUUUUAUGAACACCAAACUGCAACAUCUGGAUCGUAUAAUCCUUGGGUCAAAUAGUGCAUAUAUAUAUAUUGGAUUUCCAGAUGAACGUGGACGCGAAGACAUCAGCAAGUUUGACUAUGAUUUCUUUCAAUCUGAACUGGCAGCAGCUGAAGGCUUCAGUGUAGAUAAACUGGGGGCUAUGCACAAUAAAACUGGCAAACCUGACCCAAGUGUGCUGGCAGUCUUCCAUGACUAUAUUAAAUUGAUGCCGUUGGUUGCUGAAGCAAAUCAGAUGAGUGAAGAACUUAUGAAGGAUCUGAUAUUUGAGCUUAAGGUGAAAAACUUAGCAUUGACUGAUUCAAGAGGUUAUGAUCUUCAAAAAGAAAUAAUGGUCAAAGUGACCAAUAAAAGUACUCAACAGGUAUGGAUAUGGUCAAAAUCCAAGUUUAUUAACAGAAAGUUUUUGAUGGAAGAACUGUACCAGAAAUUCCUGGAUGGCAAUAUGACAUUGGACCGUGAAAGUGAUCCGUUCUGGGAUCCAGUGGAGGCGAUUCAUUUAGGAUCAGCUCACAUCUGGCUUCAGUCCCUAGCUUAUUGUAUGAAAUUGGAAGAACAGACAGAACUUCUGGAUUCUGAAGGGGCACAAGAAGCCAUUAUUAUGAUAAAUAUUACUCCUUGCUCCAGUUGUGGAAGGCCCUUCAGUGAAGAUGAUGUUGUUGUUGAUCCUCUGGAGUUAUUAGGAAGAAAAAUAUUUUUCCAGAUUCAUAUACUACAGUGUCUUGGUGUUCGAUGGCUAAAGGAAGCCACAGAGAGAGGAAUACAAAUAGGAUAUCGCUUUUUUGAUGUUUCUCAGUCAAUAUAUACAAAACCAGUCUGGAAAAAUGUUAAUCCUGUGAUUGAUCAUAGACUGAAUUUUCUUGCAUUAAACAUUUCCAAUGGACUCUUGAGUUACCUUCAAAAAAAUGCAUUGGUUGUAGAUCUAUGGGGUAUUCAAGAGGGAUGUCCUGAAUUUAACUGGUCUUUGCUCGACAUGGACUACACAAAUGAAGGAUGUAUUUUGAUUGAUAGUAUGAAAAGUUUACUUCCUAAUUCCAAUUUGGUGGACCCAAAUAGUCAUGUAUCUGAACUUUAUUUGAAAUUGUUAAAGCUGGAACAAGAAACAGAACUUUUACGGGACAUAAAUAGAUCCUUAAGAGAAGAGAAUAUUUUUCUUAAAGAAACACUGAAGCAGUCUGACACAUGGAAAUGCCAAGGCUAUGGCAAAUCAGUGAUAGGUUCAUGGCAAGAAAAUUCUACCAAAAAAACCUUUUCUGCAAAUUCUACAAAUGAAGAAAUGAGGUUGUCUGGGCCUAGGACAAGCUACGAUGCAGAUUUUGCGAAAGCCCUUAAAGUUUUUUACCAAAGUAUGAACACAAUUAGAGGGCAUUUCUUACGAUUGAAACACUAUAAACCACCGGAAGAAGAGAACAUUUAUCUCUUGCGACUUUUUACAGAGAAGCAGUCACAAAUGUUUAAAGAUUUUUGGCAACAACUUGAGUCUUGUAUCUGCAAGCUAAAAAAUGACGUGGCAGCCAUUGUAAAGAAAAAAAGACAAGAUGUUGCUUUUGGCAAAAGUUAAAGUUGUGAUAUUUAAGUAAAUUCACUUCAGUUGCUUUGUUCCCAGGAAUUAUUCACAAAUAUUUGAGCAGAACACAGCUUAAACAAAAAAGUGCAACUUUUGUAUAGCAGAAAAUACUGUUUUUGUAAUCUGCAUGUUUACAUAUCUCAUACUCCAAGCUUUGUAGUACAGUGCAGUCUAUGAAGGAUGUAGAUAAAUUUCAAGCACACUUGAGAACACUGAUGUUGGGGCAUCCACUUGGCAAAUGAGUAAAUAAAGGUAAGGCAUUAAAAAAAAAUCUGAAUGCGUCAUUUGUCCUGGGGAGUCACAGCGGCAGGGACAUCAGGCGGCGGCAGGAGGAGGAAGGUCGAAAACUGCUGCGGUGGAGGGGGCUGCAGUGAAGAUUGCUGGUAAGGCUGUGUGGGCAUGCUGGGAGUUAUAGUUUUGCAACGUCUGGAGGGCCACAGUUUGGAGACCUCUGUGUAGUGGUCUCCAAACUGUGGUCCUA